AGAAUUGGGUUAAUGUUAGGAAAAUAGUUAAGGUUUGUUCAAAUGCAAAACAAUUCUACUUGACAAGAUGUAUGCCAUCUUGCAAUUACCCAGUUCCACCGCAUGCAGGAGCCUACAUUUCUAGACAAACAAACACAAAACGAGAAAAAAAAAGUAAUUGUAUUGAACAUAGAAACGCGUAAUUUUCAUAUGUUGAUGGGGUGGAGAUGAUGAAUAUGAAGUAGAACAUGACAUUUCCCUUUCAACGACGACUCACCAUCAAGAUUGUAGAUGUGUGUAACGUUAGCUAAACAGCAACACUAUUGUUUUAUCCCAAACACGUCAGAAGCUUCUGCUCGUGUCCAAAUCCAUCGAGGGAACGUCAGCCUUCAAUUGACAUUUCGGGGUGACGUCUACAGCAGGUCUCAUACAAUGGUGGACCAUAACGUUGUGAACAAGCGGCUGCCGAGAAUGGCGGCCUCUCUGCUGAAGCGUUUUCCCUCAGAGGGCGAGCCGGGUAUGGGGAUGCACCACCGGAUCAGCAGCAGCAGUGGUGGGGCCAUGGGGCGAGAUUUCGACUGUGAUGUCGAUGACCCUCUGGGCUUCGACAAAACCCUAUGUAUCGAUGGUGGUGUUUCCAGGAGCCCAAACCUGCUGGGGCCGUUGCUGACAGAAGACUGCAUGCCUGUCGAGAGGUCAUCUUCCCCCAGGCUCCCUCUGCAGGGACACAGGUUGAUGCCAGCUGACCUGGAGGAUUUUAGCGAUGACUGUAAUGGGUACUCUCUCCCUGGCACACCGCCCCGGUCCGAGGGGGACAUCAGCUUCCUCAAACAAGGGGUCCUGGACCAGUUGGACAACCUGGAGAGGAGCCCCAAGAGAGGCAAGCGGGUUGGAGCUGUGUUUCCAGUGGGUUACACAGACUGGCAUAAACAUCGAAUGGCAGCAGUGUGCAGCGAGAGGUUUGAGCGCCUCCUGAGGGAGUGUCCAGAGUUCCAUAGCUGCAAAAGCCACCUGGCUGCCUUUGUCCUAGAGAGAGAGAUGAUUGACACCGGGGGCCAGUCCUGUGAGCGCUAUGAGGUGGUUGCAUUGGGCACAGGCCAGUCGAGCUACAGCGGCUGGCUUUGCUUCAGUGGCACCGUGGUGCAUGACUGUCAUGCCAUCGUCAUCGCCAGACGGGCUCUCCAAAGGUAUUUGUUCAAGCAGCUGCUGCUAUUCUUCAGCCACGACCCCAAGCACAAGGAACGCUCCAUCUACCAGAGCACUACCGACAGCCACCUGCUCCAGCUCAAGCCCCAUAUUUACCUGCACCUCUACACCAACCAGACCCCGAAAGGCGCCGCUCAGUGCAUCCUCAUGAAGUCUCUAAGCAGCAGCUACUCCUCUCUGAAGCUGCAGUGCCACGCCAAGGGCUCCCUGAUUCCUGUGGCCUUCCUCCACCCCAGUGUGUGGGGCGCCCGCGUCUGCUGCAUGUCUGACAGCGACAAGCUGUGCCGCUGGACUGUCACUGGGAUUCAGGGCGCGCUGCUGAGCCACUUCGUCCAACCACUGUACAUCACCAGUGUGGUGCUGGGUGACUCCAGCCAGUACUCAGAGAAGGUGUCGGAGACGAUCAACAAGCGCCUGGGCGAGGGGGGCUGGGAGGAGCUGCUGGCCCCGCCAUUCAGCAGGAAGCGGAUUUUCUUCAUCAGCAGUGAGGGGGUGGGGCCUCCAAUCAGCCCUGCCCACUGCACAGACCUCAGCAUCAACUGGUGCCUCGGGGACGCCAGCAUCGAGGUCCUAGACAGCACCAAUGGCUUCACUGUGGACGGUUCCCCGUUUGUGAGUGGCUCUGGCUUCUCCAGCAGGCUGUGCAAGAGGGCCCUCUACAGUAACUUCCGUAAAAUUGCAACUCUGGGAGGAUACCGCUGCCUACAGGAUCUCCCCACGUACCACAGUGCCAAAGUGGAGGCUCACUCCUACCAGAAUGCCAAGACCGUGGUCAACCAGCAGUUCCUGUCCAACAACGCAGGUCCAUGGAACUCUAAACACCUGGUGGACAGCUUCAGUCCCUGAGCCCCUCAGAGUGGAGGGUGGCACGGGGGACCAUUAAGGGUUUCUUUUGAAGGACAGAAGCGGUUGGAGUCUGUUACUUUCUGCAUUAAAGGUAUUCCCCCUGA